AUGAGCAGCAGGCUAUCCAGUGUCAGCGAGCCCUCAGACCAGAGUGGCUCUCUGAGGCGAACGAUCAGGCUUGGCCAUCCACCUGCAAAAACACUCUCCAGGCCACGACUUCGUGACGGGAAAUUGAGUCAACUUCUCGAAAAGACUAAGCCACAGAAACGCCAAUCCAUGGAUGAGGCAGAGCUAAUAGAGUCUUUGAAAACGCUUCAAGGAACUCAGGUAUUUGCGACAGACACGACACUAUCUCGCACCCAAAAUAGAACUACAGUCGACACGAACAGAAAUGCGUGGGCCCUUGAUGCGACCGCUAACCCAUCUUUGAGAGACAAGUUCGAACAGCUGGGGUUGGCGGUAAGCGAAUACAAUAUUGCUGCGUCUCGUGAAAAACGCGAGAUUGUGAUCAAAGAUGGCUGCAAGCUUCAAGAUGUACUAGCUCAGGCAAACGCCUUGCAGGAGGCCAGAUCUACAAACAAAGACGAUAAAAGCCUCAACAGCAGCAUACAGGCAGGCUUGCAGCAAUUUUGCAAAUCGACUCUCCAUUAUGCUGCAGUCAUGGAUACACUGGCACAACAUCAUCCUGAAUGGGUCAGUCUAGCUUGGGGAACGAUGAAGCUGUUGCUCAUGAUUCCGAUCGAGUACCAAAAAGUCAAGGAAGGUAUUGUUACCAAUCUUGGACGUAUAGGGACAUCUGAGAAUCUUGACCGGAAACUUCUGAAACCGCCCGAGCUCGAGAUAUGCGAUGAUUUCUUUCAGGACCUACUUCCCCUGGACGGAAAUCUACAUCAAGUCCAUCUCCAAUCAGAUCUGCUACCAAUGUCUUAUUUGGUAGAGAGCCGCAAUGUCCUUCGUCUUCCUUCAUUCCAGUCAUGGCUAAGCAGUUCAAAAUCUGGUCUUCUGUGGGUAGAUGGAUAUGAGAUACCUCGCCGCCCUAGCUGGACGACGGACUUGUCUCAAAAGAUUGUGCGUGCAGCUACGGAGAGCGGCUACGAUACACUUUCGUAUUUCGGGAGCCUACAUCGAGGGAGUGACGACGAUACACCAAAGCCGCGCGCUCUCGUACAGAGCCUGCUUUUCGGCAUGCUUCAGAAGUUUCCAACAGUGACUUCACAUGGCGAUCCGAAGCUAUUCAACGCCGAGAUCUUCGUUGCUGCUAAAUCAAACCUGGACCUUUCAUGGAGAAUCUUCGUGGAAUGUCUGCGCGCUCUUCCAUCUUCCAUCAUCUACAUCAUGAUAGAAGGCGUUGAUCACUUCAGCAUGGCUGGGGAUCAAGCUACCGAUUUCGAAUCUUUGCUGAAACGCCUAAGCACAUUGUCAGCUGCUCUAUUGGAUGAUAAAGUAGUCAAGCUUGCCUUGACGUCUGUUCGACCAAGCGCAGGAUUUCAGCACCUGUUUCCCAACCUAGAGAGACUCGAGGUUUAUCAUGACCACAAGCUACUUAUACGCGUGCCAGCUGCAGCCGCGCGAAGACGCAAACCCCGAUCAAAGUUGCAGAAGAAGAGACAAUCGCCCCUUUAUUCCCCAGGACCAACGUUGGAGCCAGAACCGACUGAUAUGGGUAGCGACUUUGCCCCUUCUGACUCAAGUGUGGACAGAGGCGGCAAUGUCAGCGACUCAAGCUCAGACUUCGAUAUCUUUGGUAAAGGCAAGAGGGAGAUAGGCCGUGUGAGAUCCUCUUGGUCAAGUCCGACUCCUGAACAUGGCCGGGCGAGUCCUCUUCAACUUGAUUCGGAGAAGAAGGCGAAGUUGACGGGAGAACAAGAGGCCGAGGAUUCUGACAGCUCAUUCGAAAUAUAUGAGGCGCCUACUGCUGCGUUGCCUGACCAAAGCACAGCCAGCGAAGGAGACCUUUCGGAUUUUGCACCAUGA